AAUCCUCCAACAAAUGGAGAAAGUUGUUAAAUGUUUUGUUUGAAAUUUUCAUUCUCAACUCUGCUCUCUCUCUCUCUUUCUUCUUCACUAGACUCAACUUGGCUUACAACCGCACCUCCUUCCUUCUCAAUUUUCUUCCAUCGCACCUCAAAAAUAAAUUGAAAACCCUAACUUUGUUUCUCACCGUCACCCAAUUCCUCCAUGUUGCAGUUGCAUCUCUGUAAAGUUUAUUUUGUCAGUUCGUAGUUAAAAUUGUUUCCAGCGCACCCAAGACAUCCACAAAUUUUGGUUGAUUUCUUCCAGUCUUUGUUAUUCACUUCAAUUGCAGUAUUUCUGGGGAAUUGAAAAUGGCGACGUCAAAUGAGCAGCCGCAGUUCAUAGUAAGCCCAGCAAGAGAGGAUGAGAAUAGAAAUAAUCAUGUUAGAGACAGAUUAAUCGAUACAAUUGAAACUGAACAAAUUGUUGUUUCUGAGAAGAAAAGCUGGAAAAACUUCUUUUCGUACAUGGGUCCUGGGUUCCUUGUCUCCAUUGCAUACAUUGAUCCAGGAAAUUUUGAAACGGAUCUCCAGGCUGGUGCUCAAUUUAAGUAUGAGUUACUUUGGAUCAUAUUGGUGGCAUCAUGUGCUGCCCUCAUCAUUCAGUCUAUGGCAGCUAAUCUUGGGGUUGUUACAGGGAAGCAUUUGGCUGAACAUUGUAGAUUUGAAUACUCAAAAGUGCCAAACUUUAUUUUGUGGAUUUUGGCUGAAAUUGCAAUAGUUGCUUGCGACAUACCUGAAGUGAUUGGAACAGCGUUUGCAUUGAAUAUGCUUUUCAAUAUUCCUGUGUGGGCUGGUGUUCUUCUGACAGGGCUUAGCACUCUUGUCCUACUUGCAUUACAGCAAUAUGGGGUGCGCAAACUUGAAUUCUUGAUUACUUUUUUGGUUCUUACGAUUGCUGCAUGCUUUCUCGCUGAGCUUGGAUAUGCAAAGCCUCAGGGUUCAGAAGUCAUGCGUGGGCUUUUUGUUCCUCAACUCAAAGGAGAGGGUGCAACUGGCCUUGCCAUUUCCUUACUUGGUGCUAUGGUUAUGCCACACAAUCUCUUCCUCCAUUCAGCAUUAGUACUUUCCAGAAAAAUACCACGUUCUGCUAGUGGUAUUAAGGAAGCUUGUAGAUUCUACCUGAUAGAAAGUGGAUUUGCUCUAGCAGUGGCAUUCCUUAUUAAUGUAUCUGUCAUAGCUGUCAGUGGAGCAGUUUGCAGUUCCUCAACUUUGAACCCGGAAGAUCAGAAGAGCUGCCAAGACUUGGACUUGAAUGAAGCAUCUUUUCUACUCAAGAAUGUCUUAGGCAACUGGAGUUCAAAGCUUUUUGGAAUAGCAUUGCUAGCAUCUGGUCAGAGCUCCACGAUAACUGGGACUUAUGCUGGCCAAUAUGUCAUGCAGGGUUUUCUUGAUUUACGAAUGGAGCCAUGGCUUAGGAACUUGUUGACUAGAUGCUUGGCUAUCGUCCCCAGUUUGGUUGUUGCACUUAUUGGUGGUUCUUCAGGAGCUGGAGAGUUGAUCAUUAUUGCUUCGAUGAUCUUAUCGUUUGAACUCCCAUUUGCUCUCAUUCCACUUCUCAAAUUUACCAGCAGUAAGGCUAAGAUGGGUGUCCAUGCUAACUCAUUCAUGCUUUCGGCAGUGACCUGGAUGAUUGGGUCGUUGAUCAUGGUCAUUAACAUUUACUUCAUUGCAAGCAGUUUUAUCAAGCUACUGAUACACAGCAAGUUAAAACUAGUAGCUGCCAUAUUUUGUGGAAUACUCGGGUUUUUGGGAUUACUGAUAUAUUUGUCUGCAAUUGCAUACCUUGUGAUCCGUAAAAACAGGGAGAGUAGCCAGCUCCUUGCACUAACAAGGCGUGAAGAUCAACAAAUUCCUCGAGAAGACAUAGUUAACAUGCAACUGCCUCAAAGAAGGACAAAUGCAGACGGUAUUGAAUAAUUGGUGAGAGCCUUAAUUUUAGAUUAAAAUGGGAAAAAUAUUCAUGAACUUCUCUGAAAUAUUUCAUGUCAACAACUGGACUUCAAAAUUGUCGAAUUUCUGGAUGGUCUUAACUGAUACAGUAUAUUUGAGAAAGUUCAUGAAUAUUAUUCUUGCUUUUAGCUUAUAACAUUAGGUCUCUGCAUCAUUAGUGUAAACAGUCAUGGGUUAUGGUGAAAAGUGUGAUGUUAUUAUUAGCUACUAGGAGGUACUAGAUUUGGAAUAAUAGUGAUAGACAAACAUUUGGCCUUGUACAUGAAGAUUUGCCACUUUUGGAUCUUGACAUCUAAUUUCUCUGAAUGCAUAAUAUAUAUUGUAAUCACAUUUUGCUGAUAAUUGAUAUAUUAUACUUCCUCCGUCUU